ACUGCUGUCUCUUAAAUUGAGAAACAAUGUUUAUGCGCCACCAUCGACUUUGACCAACACCUCUAACAAUCCCAACAAAAAAGAAACGGCUUAUUUCAAGUUUCAGGUUUCAUCCCCCCCCUGUAUAUCAUUGUUAACAUGCAGAUUUUUCCAGAUUCAGAAUUAUUUGGGAAAUGAAGAAAUAUUGUUUAUAAAGCUUAGUCUGAUUUUGCCGUGCUUUGAAAGUUAUUUGUGAAAAUCUUUACCUAAAAUGACCCAAAUAUACUUCCCUUUCUGAACAUGGAUCAAAGUAAAGUCCAAAAUCUUAAGGGGACCUAAAUUAAUUCAUUGUUUUCAUAUUUUUUUCACAUUGUUUAGCGACGCAGGAUUACUUUGCUGAGCCUCUAGAAGUGGGGCCCGUUCCUUGACUGGAUGAUUUCCACUGAAAUCCACAGAGGCACACAUUAUCCGUCGAAAGGGAACACAAUCCAGUUUUCAAAGAGCUUUUUUUUUCCCCCUCAUGAGAAAUACCAGAAAACACAAGGUCUGUAAGCACAGCUCUGCUUGGUUCUUGCUGGCAUGAAACUCCUCCCUGGAUCACAUGUAAGAAGGGGGAAAGGUUCAGGAUCUACUAUAUACCAUCGCAUCAUGAUAGCGAUUAUUUUACUUUGUCAGGACUAGCUGUGGGACCUCUGAAUGGACGUUGGCACCUGCUGCAGACGGACUGGUAAGGAACCUAAUUUUUUUUUUUUUUUUUUUGUGAUUUUAAGGAAGCUGUUAUACUGAACCAUGUUAAGUGAUUAUUAGUGAGGAAAAUUUGAUUGUGCUGCUUUGAGUCCGUAGGUAUUUUAGGAAAUCAGCAAAUAAUGGCUUGAUGGUGUUUUGUUAGAUUAACACAGACGCUGCGGUAGGUUAGAGGCGCGAUUACUCAGCCUCUCCUCACCCUGCUGAUUGCAAAGAAUACAAUACCAUUAAUCGUGCACAUGGGAAUUGACUCCAGAUUUAAUGGUAGUAUCCCCUGUCCUGUCACUGCUGUGGUUGCAUGACAGUGAAUAAUUUCUGAAUGCACUUGCAUAAUAACUUAUGGCAGCAAGGAGUGUUAGAAUAUACAAUAUUAGACAAAUGGUAUUCUUCAAGAUUGCUUGCUUGUGCCCAUGUGGCAUCUCAACCAAUCUCUUACAUAAGCAAAUCUGAUUUUCCAUGCUGGUUAUAUUGGCCUGCCAAGUGUAACUGAAGCAUCGCAGUGACCUGAAUGGCGUCAUACAGUGUUGAGCUGUCUGCCCGUAGCCCUUUCAGUCAAUAAAAGGAGUUCUGUCUGCCAAACAAGCCAUGCUUUUUCACUCAGCAAAGUCAGAGAAAACUCUGAAGAGGCAUUUGACUGCUCAUGUGGAAGCCAGCUCCAGUCAUGUGCUAGUCCCUCUCUGAUCAUUGCUUAAUGAGUGGGGAGUUAUGACGUCCUGCUAUGCCUGUGUGAACCGACAGGCAACUGCCCACGGGCCCAAGAUUCAAUUCAUAUCAGUUGGUUCUACAUAAUUUGAUUUACGGCAAAUUUGUUGAAGAUCUGCACCACUAAAGUAGAAUAAAGGGUCCUCCGUCUUGUCGCCAUGGUCUUGGAGAGGGACCAAAUCAAGUUUUAAGACCUUAUCUGUUUUAGUUCAUUUGUGUUUAGAAUUAUUCAUCAAACUGCUUCCAUUUUUUUAAGUUUCAAGUAAAUUAUCCUGCAUAAAAAGGUAGUAUUCUUCCAUUAACUGUAAUGGUGGAUUCACAUUAUCAUGGAAAAAAAAAAGCUUUUGCACACACACCUCUUCACUAUUGUGUUUGUGGUGCGUUGUGACAUCUGUCCAAAUUUGUUGAACUUUGACCCGAGCUGCACUGACAUUUGUGGGCACAGCCAAUCGCUGCUUGAACAAAUGCAAAACUAAGUAGUCUACUUAUGUUUCUCAGUUAACUGUACAAGAACAAAUUACCCUCAUAUUGAGACCGAAGGCAGCCUAUCCACUUAGUGAAGUAUCAGGAUGUAGAUGCAGCUUCCAAAAUUGUUGGAAAAACGCUGAGUCUCUGGAACGUAGCUAGCGUCAUUAUUGUAGUGAAGUAAAGGUGGCACCCCGCUGGGAGUUUUGGAGGGGCACUGCACCUACUGCACCUGUGAGACCCUUGUUUUAUGAAUACGUGAAUACGGCUUAAGGCUGCAACCAAUUCUGACAGGUCUGAUAGUUGUUUUCUGUAAUAAUCAGUGUUUAGACUAUAAAAUGUCAGAAAAUAGUGUGUAAUGUGCAUCGUUCUUCCCCAAAACCGAUUGUAACACAUUCAAAUUGUAAUUUUGGUCUGACCAACAACGUUUAGUAUCAUAGAACAAAUAUUCACAUUUGAGGAGCAGGUACCAGGCUUAAAUAGUUAAUCAGUUAUCAAAAUUGCUGCCAAUUAAUUUUCAUUCAGUUGACUAAUUAUUUUCUACUGUAAAGUAGGGCUACUGGUUGGCACUGGUUAACCUUUACCCUGAGACCCCUUCUGAGGUUAAUCCAGCCAUGCCUAGAAGUAGUUACUCAGCCUAACCCACUUGCAGGCUUUCCUUAAACUGUUAUGGUUUGCUAUAUGAUGCAUCAACCCGGCAAAGCAUUGUACUGUGAGUCCAACUUUGUGGCAGGUUGAGCACUCAGCUGCACAAUGGCUGACUGGGACUAUGACUAUCUGAUCAAGCUGCUGGCACUUGGGGACUCUGGGGUGGGAAAGACCACCUUCCUCUACAGGUACACCGACAACAAGUUCAACCGCAAAUUCACAACCACAGUGGGCAUUGACUUCAGGGAAAAGAGAGUGAUGUACACAGGGACAGGUUCUGACGGGACGACUGAGAGGAACUUUAAAGUCCACCUUCAGCUCUGGGACACAGCAGGACAAGAGAGGUUCCGCAGCCUCACCACAGCUUUCUUCAGAGAUGCCAUGGGCUUCCUGCUGAUGUUCGACUUGACCAAUCAGCAAAGUUUCCUCAACGUCAGGAACUGGAUGAGUCAGCUACAGGCCAACGCGUACUGUGAUAGUCCAGAUAUCGUGUUGGUGGGCACCAAGGCCGACCUCCGAGACGCCAGGGAUGUUCACGCCAGACAGGCCAGAGAUCUGGCGGACAGAUACGGCAUCCCCUACUUUGAGACGAGCGCAGUGACAGGUGUUGAGGUGGACCAGGCCGUGUCCACCCUGCUGGGCCUGGUGAUGAAGAGGAUGGAGCACAGCACAUACGGAGGCCCCAGCCCCGCACCCAACGGCAGCCCCGUCACCAGCCACGAAGUAGUGGAGGCUCCCGUCAGGAGGAGGUGUGCCUGCUGAUCUUGACCACGAGCAGCCACUCCAACCACUUUUUACAUCUGCCCUGAGUGACACUGCAGUUUGAGUUGCCAUUGUUAUGGAGCUUGACUAAGGGGCUUGCUAGGUAAGGCAGAAGAUCAGUUGAAAAUCAACUAACUACUGAUCCAUACUUGAGAUAUCCAUUAUUUAUUCAUAGCCUAUGCACUGUUAAGUGAGAAAGAGGAAGGACAGGAGGAGAUAAGACUUUAAAACUGAAUAUAGGCGUUGUUAUAGAAAAUAUUUUUAAAAAACUUAAAUGAAUUAAUAAUUUUUAAUUGGUUAAUCCAUCCAUUUUAUGCUGAUUAUCCAGGUCCAGGUCUAAUUAUUAAUUGAGCAUAUAUCAUAAUAAUUCUUAUUAUUCAUAGUAAUUAUUGCUAUAGGCUAGGAAGUAAAGAAAAAAUUAUUCUAAGCCAUAUUACCCCUACUGGUUUUUCCAUAUUUUCAUUAUUUUACUGGCUUGACCAUAUUAUAUUUUAU